AUGAUAACCGCCGACGUGGUCUCAACCGCUGCUGAGAAGCUUCUAAGCGAUAAACCUUUAUGUGAUUUGUUCUACAAUACGCUUGUGUGCAUACAUCAACGCUUUGAGCAGUUGGAUGGCUAUCUGAACAAUGUACUUGUUAAACUUGUUUCCGGAAGUUUAUGGAAAAAAAGCGCAGCUUCGACGACGGCUUUUUUUAAAGCUUUGGAAAAGCUCGGAACAGUAGCUUAUCCUGUCAUACUUACUGGUUUUGCGUCGACAGAAUUUAAGGAGUUCAUAAAGUCGGUAUCUUCACAAAAAGAUCUCCUUUACAAACUUGCCGCUUUUUUGCCUCAGUUGAGUACACACCAGCAAAAGAAAAUGAGUUCAACUAUUCUGGACAUCGUUAAAGAUAGGAGCAUUUUCGAUUGGAGUAAAAGCUUAGACGCUGCUCCUUCCCUGCAUGCGGAAAUGAUCUUUUCACGAGGCACUUUAAUUUACGUCAAGAAAUUGGCACUGCGGAACAAUGACCUAUUUGUAAGGACCAUCAAAAGCAGUACUUCGUUUCAAUGUGAGGGACUUUCGAACAGCGUAAUUGGGCCGAAAAAGAAAAAACCUUUGUUCAAGUUGGCGCGGAAUCCACGACGAACUAUGACAUAUGAUCACGAUAAAAUAGAUUUUUACAGUGCGAUGGCAGAAUAUAAUUUGAAAGAGACAGAUUUGGCGGGGUUACCGUCUACUCCUCGAUUAAGGCCAGCCACAGAUGAGUUAGAUCCAUGUUCGACUGCGACUACUACUUCUCUUUAUUCGCUCGACGAUGUUUAUCAGACAGCUUUGAAGGUACAUGGCUCAAAAGAAGCUGUCAAUGCUCAAAGAAGGCCUCUAAUUCCUAUUGAAAAAAAACUGACUGAAGCUGAGCUGAUGCGGACUAGAAUGAGAGUAGAAGCCGAGCAUCCAACAAGCGGAGCAGAUCGGGUUGUGGCUAUUGCUUUCAUAAUGAACACUUGUGAUAUGGUUCUCAAAUAUAUCGCAGCCUAUUUAACCGGAUCGAAAUCAAUUUUUGCUGAAGCUAUCCAUAGUACAAUGGACACUUGCAAUCAACUUAUAUUACUGUUGGGGAUACAUUACUCGAGGAAGCAUCCUAAUCCCCAAUUCCCUUACGGAUAUGGUAAUAUGCGUUAUGUCACUUCUUUAAUUUCUGGUUGUGGGAUUCUUGGCUUCGGAUGUGGUCUUUCUAUUUAUCAUGGAAUCUCUGGGCUUCUUCAUCCAGCAACGCUUGAAACGCUAACUUACGCCUAUUAUGCCCUUGCCAUGUCGUUUUGUUUUCAAGGUGCGGCUGCCAUUACCGCUUACAGGGAGAUUCGCAUAAAGGCUAACAAGGCAGGAACGACGAUUUCGAAUUACGUUCGUACAGCAGCAGAUCCUUCCCUGAAUGUUGUACUGCUAGAAGACACUGCUGCUGUUACAGGGGUAAAGGCAUACAUUUAUUUUUAUUUUAUUACGCUUUUCGACGCAUUGGGUUCUGUCGCUAUUGGAGGUUUGCUUGGUACGGUCGCCAUGUUCAUUAUUCGGACCAACGCUCAACACCUUGUGGGGCGAUCUCUUCCACAACGAAUCACUCAAGAUAUUGUCGCUCGAUUGAACAACGAUCCAGCUAUUAGUUCUGUGCACGACGUAAAAGCAACCGCUCUCGGAGUAGAACAAUCUCGUUUCAAAGCCGAGCUCGAUUUCGACGGCCGAAUGAUUACGAGACGUUACAUUGAGCAAGAGACCGACAUUCACGAUCUUUUUCAACAAGUGAAAUCGUUGGAAUCAGAAGAGGAAUUGCAAGAAUGGAUGGAGGAUCACGGAGAGAAGAUCAUCGAUCGAUUGGGUAUCUUAUUCCUGGAUGUGCUUUUCCCGUUAGAUGUGCAAAAGAUCAUCUUCGUCGACGCGGAUCAAGUUGUGCGCUCGGAUUUGAUUGAGUUGAUGAAUUAUGGGCUCGAUGGGAACCCAUAUGGAUAUGUUCCUUUCUGUGACUCGAGGCAAUCGAUGGAGGGAUUCCGAUUCUGGAAACAAGGCUAUCGGAGGAACCACUUGGCAGGAAGAAAAUAUCACAUUAGUGCUUUGUACGUCGUGGAUUUGCACAAGUUCCGCCAAAUCGCCGCCGGUGAUCGGCUACGCGGACAGUACCAAGGCCUCUCAGCUGAUCCAAACAGCUUGUCGAACUUGGAUCAAGACCUGCCCAACAACAUGAUCCAUCAGGUACGAAUCAAAUCACUUCCACAAGAAUGGCUUUGGUGUGAGACAUGGUGUGAUGACGAGAGCAAGGGGUCGGCAAAGACCAUCGAUUUGUGCAACAAUCCCCAAACAAAAGAGCCAAAACUCGAGUCGGCGCAGCGAAUCAUCCCUGAAUGGCGUGAUUACGAUCGAGAGAUUAAAGAGGUGAUUUCCCGAAGACGUGAAGGACUUGAAGCGAAAUCCGCAAAAGUCGAUGACCAUACCGAGCUG